GUAAAAAAAGACGGCCGGUAGAGAGGGACGAUGCUGGUUCUGGAAUGUAAAGAGAUCUAUCAGAGGUAUAAGUAAUAUUGGAAGUAUUCACAAUCUACAAUUUAUGAUUUAUGAUAUAAUGGUAGGAGGUGGUUCGAUGGGAUAGUUAUAGUCAUUGAGGAGUUACACGCGGAGGUACUUACUCGGAUUGGUUCCGAGGUGUACGAGCCACGAUUGUUCGACAACUUCAGCCGUACUCGCGUGGUAUCUCGUACCUUAAUAUUGUCUCAUCCUUGGCUCAGCCUUGCCAUUGUCCUACAACCCCUCGAUCCCAAACCUCAACAACACCCAGCUCGCUCGGACGAGUUGAGCUGCUCCUCACCACUAUAUAACACAGCUCGUCCAACGGGACAAAGAAGCAUGUCCACCUGAAAUCCCCCAAGACUGCCCCAAUUCAAUCCUCUCACCACCCACAACCUCACCACUCCUCACCCCACAGCCUCGCAACAAAAAAUAUCCACCACCACGCCACAAACACCCUCAAAAAUGGCAACCAGAGUCAACGGCGCCAUCAACGGCUCCUCCGCCGUCCCCAACGGCGCUCCCCAGCGCGAACCCACAAUCCCCAUCCUCCCCUCCUCCCCCGCCACCAACCCACUCGCCCAAAUCUCCCACGGCGGCCUAGGCCACCCCCCCUCCUUCCCCUCCCUCACCCCCACCCCCCCAGCCCUAAACGCAUACGAGAAGCAAUACUACCCCUCCCAGCCCAUCUCCCUCUCCGGCAUCGCCUCGCGCGCCUUCCUGCUAGGCGCACUCCUCUCCUUCUCCGCCGCCCUCUCCGCCGUCCUCGCCCUGCAGGGGUCGCCGUUCUGGCGUCCCCCGUUUUUUGCAGCGACGUUGGCGGUGUUUCAUUUCCUGGAGUUUUGGACGACGGCGAGGUAUAAUACGAAGGCGGCGCAGGUGAGCAGUUUUUUGCUGAAUCAGAAUGGGAGUGCGUAUACGAUUGCGCAUGCGGCGGCGAUGGCGGAGUCGACGAUCUCGUGUUUGUUGAUUACUUUCCCGCCGUCGACUUUCCUCCCGGAUUUUAUAACAGCUUGGGCACUUCCUGCGCUUCCGGAAUGGGUAGGCACGUUCACCUUAGCAGCUGGGCUCAUCCUCGUUCCUGUCGGCCAGCUUGUGCGCAGCCUUGCUAUGGUGCAGGCGGGUGGGAAUUUCAACCACAUCGUGCAGGCGCGCAAGGCCUCCUCUCAUCAACUUGUCACAUCGGGGAUAUACAGUGUUUCUCGGCACCCGAGCUACUUCGGCUUCUUCUGGUGGGGAUUGGGCACGCAGCUUGUGCUGGGGAAUGUUGUUUGUUUUGUGGGGUAUGCGGUGGUGUUGUGGGUGUUUUUUAAGAGGAGAAUUGCUGGAGAGGAAGAAUACCUAGUCCGCUUCUUCGGCCAGGAGUAUCUUGACUACCGCACCCGCACCGCCGUCUGGAUCCCCUUCAUACGAUGACAAAUUAGCCCAUCAGCAGCAGCAGCAGUCGCCACCACGGCUUGUCAGACAGAGGGCAUUCCGGGACUUGGGAUUCUGAUGCAGAAGUGGGAGGGUGCGUAGUUUCCGGUUUUAAAGGGGGGAAAGGGGAGGGUGCCCAUAUGGCGUUUUGGGUAUGGGGAUCUUAUUUCUGGAGGAGUG